UUUCUCUCCGCGAUCCUCUAGUGUGUUAGUUCGCGUUCCGGCAACCGUGCUCUUCCGUUCGCCCAGAGUGCGAGAGAGAGCGCGAGAGGGAGAGAGAGAGAGAUCUCGUCCGCGUACACCCUCCUUCGUCUCUGUGUAUGUGUAUGUAGCAUUUUUUUUCACACCAUCAUCGGUUCGCUCGCCCUGGCUGCAACAUGUUUACCUGGCUGGCUGGCCGCCGCGAGGAUCACCAGCAGUCCGCCGUCGAUUCCACCAUGACGCCCAGGUCAGCGCCUCACCAGCGGCGUUGAGUCUCUCCCGGCAGAUCAGUAUAACAUAAAGCUGGUGGAGAGACAGAGAUAAAGUGAGCGAAAGAAAGAGAGAGAGAGAGAGAGAGCGAGAGAAGUGCCAUGGAUGAUGAAGUACGUCUUGAGGGUGAGGAAGAAAUGGAGUUGGACGAGGCUUCCGAAGGCGAAGAUGAGGAUGAAGAGACUACAGGGAUUCCAAUAUCUCCAGCUAACUUGGACCAAUUGCUCGGACAAACUACUCCGACAACUCCUGUCACACCAGAUGAGGCUUUUCACGAUCCAUUGAGGUAUCAGAAAUUUCCAUUGCCUGGUGGAAAACCUUUGAACAUUCGUCGCGGACCUGGUAGACCUCAAGAGCGACCGCUUGGUAUCACUCGUGGAGGUGCUAACAGAAGACCUUUUGGAAGAGGUGGUGCCAGAGGCAAAGGACUAGGAUAUGCAAGAGGUAUACCGCGUCGUACCAAAAGCAAAGACGAUGAUACACAUUCAGAGUCGCCAAGCCCUUUACGCACCAGUGGAAUGGACGAUCCCAGUAUCGACGGUAAUGGAGAAUCGGGAGGGAAUAUUACUGACAGGUCGAUGCCGGCACCUGAGGAGCCUCCUUAUUUUCCUGAACAAUGGCCGGGCAAGGCAUGCGCAUUAUGUAAUUUAGGCGAGAGGAGUCAGCUGGGCCAAGGUGAACUUUUGCGCCUAACUUGUCCGCCGGGCUUUACUCCCGAAAAGUCAACAAACCGGGAUGAAACAACUACCGAUCGUCUUAUUGACAUUACUGUCGCCGGAGAUAAAAGUCCACGUGCGGCUGGACCUGGAGUCGCUGUUACCUGUCGUAGACAGAAGAGCCUGGCCAAAUGCAGGAAUACUAGUCUAACAAAUUUUACGGAACCGGUAGAAGAACUCACAAUCGUGGGUUAUUCGGAAGAGCCAGAAGUUGGAGCUCUGUUUGAGCCACUAACCGGCUAUUAUUACGUUCAUCAAUCGUGUAUUAUUUGGUCCAGUAACAGUCAAGAUUUGGCACCAGAAGUGACGUGUCGCGCCGUCUUGCAAGCUUCUUGCAGACGUUGCGCCUACUGUUCACACUUUGGUGCUGGAAUUCCUUGCAAAGUGGCGUCGUGCAAUCGUUAUUUUCAUUUCCCGUGUGCAGCAGCCAAUAGUUGCUUUCAGGAUACGAAGAGUCUGUCACUUUUUUGCAGCCAGCAUCUCGGUCAAGUUCCGCUUUUGCUGAAUGGGGAAGUGACGUGUGUGCAAUGUUAUGGAAUGGGCGAUGUAUCAAAUUUAGUGAUGUGUUCUGUAUGCGGCCAGCAUUACCACGGCAGCUGCGUCGGCUUAGCAUUGCUGCCUGGAGUACGUGCUGGAUGGCAGUGUGCGUCCUGUCGCGUCUGUCAAGUCUGUCGACAACCUGAGGAUGUCUCUAAGGUGAUGCUAUGUGAACGAUGUGACAAAGCUUAUCACCCCGGCUGUCUGCGACCUAUCGUCACUUCCAUUCCGAAAUAUGGCUGGAAAUGUAAAUGUUGUCGCGUGUGCACCGAUUGCGGUUCACGUACUCCCGGAGCCGGACUCUCUUCCAGAUGGCAUUCUCAUUAUACUGUGUGUGAUUCGUGUUACCAGCAGCGCAAUAAAGGUUUUUCUUGCCCGCUGUGCAGAAAGGCCUAUAGAGCCGCAGCGUAUCGUGAGAUGGUACAAUGUUAUUCCUGCAAGAAGUUUGUACAUGGCACGUGCGACUCCGAAGCCGAUCCGCUCACCUAUCAGCAGCGCAAAGAAGCAAAACCCGAUUACGAAUACAUCUGCCUUCACUGUAAGAACAUGGCCAUGGUAGCCAGACGGAAGGACAGCUUCGACGAGGGCGAUUUAAAUCUAAGCGCUUCUCAAGAGAGCCUCGACGGCGAAUCAUCCGAAUUGGAUUAUCAGGGCGGUAGUUCCGAAGAGGCGCUUUACUCGGUCGGAUUAGGGAAGGGAAAGCCGUUUUGCGCCACGAAAAUUGCGAAGAAGAGAUUGGGGAUUAGCGGUGGAAUUCUCGGUAGGCCUAAGGGAAUUGGUAAGUUGGGCUACCAAAAGAGGCAGAAGAUGACAGAGUUCGGUAGGAAGAGAGGACCGAAGGCGAAAAUGAGGGGACUCUUCGGGCUGCCCGAAGUGGGCUUGCAGAGUCCUGUAUUAGAUUCCUCCGCAUCAAAGGAAGAGGAGCCUGGGGGGGAGAACAAGCUAAUCCUCUGCUCCGCCAAGGAUAAAUUUGUCCUGACGCAGGAUAUUUGUGUGAUGUGCGGCGCGAUCGGCAUUGAUUCAGAAGGUUGCUUGAUCGCGUGCGCACAGUGCGGUCAAUGCUAUCAUCCAUACUGCGCUAGUGUGAAAGUCACCAAAGUCAUCUUGCAGAAGGGCUGGCGAUGCCUCGAUUGCACCGUCUGCGAAGGUUGCGGCGAGCGAAAUGACGAGGCUCGAUUAAUCCUCUGCGACGACUGCGACAUCAGCUACCACAUUUACUGCAUCGACCCGCCGUUGGAUCACGUGCCGCACGGCACCUGGAAAUGCAAGUGGUGCGCGCAAUGCCAGACCUGCGGCUCGAAUAAUCCCGGCGUAAAUUCAUCCUGGCAGAAGAGCUACACUCAGUGUGGACCUUGCGCUUCCCAUACCGCCUGCAUAGUGUGCCAGGAGGCUUAUCAGGAGGGCGACCUCAUCAUUCAGUGCGUCCAGUGCGAGAGAUGGCUUCACUGCAGCUGCGACUCGAUUAAGAAUGAGAUGGAGGCCGAGCGUUGCGCCGCGGAGGGUUACAUCUGCCUGCUCUGUCGUCCGAGGGAUGUUCCGCCGCCUCAUUUGUUGUCGAAGCCGCUUCCAAAGUUUGCCAGGUUGUCCCCGCCCCCGCAGAACCGCAGUCCGGAAAUGUUCAAAUCGUCGUCUACGCAGCAGUAUCUAUUGGACGGAGUCUACCUUUCCGAAGCUGGAAUGAAUCAUAUUAAAUCCUUGACCGCGGAGCAUCAGCAAACUCGGAAGAAGAGAAGGAAGCUGCUCCCGGUGGUGGACAAAGAGGCGGAUAUUAUGGCGACCAUCGAGUCCGUCGUGGCCGGGGGUAGUUUAGACAAUUCUUUGGAGGAGAAUAACAAGAUGGAGCUGAUGGACGUGAAGGACGAGCCGGAAACGGUGCUGAAGGAGGGUAUGGUAUGGAAUCAGCCGCCCCCUGAAGGCUUCAGUAUUUGCACUUCAGAGAGCGGCCUUCCCGUUUUGCGAAGAAAACGUCAGAGAAACCUGCAGAAAUUGGGAAUCGGGGGAUUCGUUGUUAGAUUAAGGGGCACGAGGAAGGAUAAGGAGGAGGAAGGGGACGCGGAGAAGUCCGGGGAGUCUUCGAUGGGAGUCGGAAUGGGGGAUGAUAAACCGCGGAGGAAACCUCAGAGGAGGAAACCGAAGACGAAACUGGCAGAAUGUUUUCCCCUUUAUAUGCAAGAAGCGUUCUUCGGGAAGGAUUUGAUGGAUACGACGAAGGAGAAGGAUCUCGAAAGCAGCAGCGAGUCCGAAGAGGAGCGCAAAACUCCCGGGAACGCUAACACAAUUCAGUUAUCGCAAGACGAAUUGAAGGCAAUGGAGCAAAUUAAGGCAAAGCAGGAAAAGGAAGACGAGAAGGGUCAAGAACAAAUCAAACGGGAAGAGAUUGUGGAGGAUGAUGGUAGCGAUACCGAGGCACUUGGUGAUAUUUUACCAAUUUCUGGAGAUUUAUUGGAUAGUGAUCUAGUAAAUACAAUAAUGAAUGAAAACGACGAAGACACUUUGGCGAAAGCUAGUGAAGCGUUGGUGGACGAGUUGGAUGAUACUCAGGGUGGAAAUAAGGAUGAAUUGACAGAGAUUUUGAGUCCACAUUUCAAUUUGGAAGCGAUGGUCAGAGACACAGGAUUACCAAAUAUGGAUAGUAAAGAUAUCGAGGAGAUAUUUAAAGGCGUUUUGACUGACGAAUCUCAAGAGUCUCAAGAAUCAUCAGUGUUUUCUGUUCAAGCUCAAACUUCACACCCUUCUUCGUCUACUACCCCCUUAGUAUCACCCUCCCCCCAUCCUGGUAUUCAACCAGCAAUACCUUUGGCGAGGCCUCAAGUACCUGGUAGUUUGCCCUCAGUUGGUCAGUCAACCUUAAACUCUCCGAUGAGUUUUCCACCACCUUCACCAUAUCACUCCGAGUAUAGCAACAGUCCACAAUUUAGUCCAGCGUUUUCAGAGCCACCUAGUCCAUGGGUAAAUUCCGAAGAUGAAGGAAAUACGACAUCAGGUACUGCUACUAUCUCAUAUAAUCAAAGAAACAGUCCUAAAAUGGAGGCUGACGAAGCAUUGGGUGGUGGAGCAACGAUGUCAAUGGUGCUCUAUGCCAAUCUCAAUCAUCCUGAAUGGAAAACUGAAUUUCCGGUGUGGGCCGACAGGUACAAGCAGAUCACGAAGAAGUGGCGAACUCUUCCGAACGAGAUAAAGGCUCCGUAUUUGAAUCAGGCCCGAGAAAAUCGAACUGCCUCUCGCAUGAAGAAAGCGCAACAGUUCCCCAAGGAGACACCACCAAGCACCACCAAUACUAUCAUCACUACCAAUAUAACCACCACCAACACCACCACCAUCAAUAUGACCAUCACCACCACUACUACCGCCAUGACCAACACCAAACCCGUCGUUAUGACGGCCCAGCAGCAGCAACAACAACAACAGCAGCACAGCAGCAGCAGCAGCAGCAGCACAACAACAACAACAACAACAACAACACAGGCGGUGAAGCCUCUGGAGAAGCAACCAGGAAUGUUGAUGACCAGUGGAAUAACGUCAACCGGCAGUAACCAGCAUCAGGAGGAACAGGACAGACUUUCGAACAGAGAUCGGUCUAGCAGAGAAGCUGAGCAAGAGAGACAGUGGAAACAACUGCAAGCUUUACGUCAGCAUCAAGCUCAAAUGCAGCAGCAAGUUAUCAUUGAGCAACGUGUGCACGCGAUUGCCAGAGUACAAAGACAGAUCAGCGAAGAAAACACACCCCAACUGAGCGGUGAUAUUGCUUCUGGACUGACAACACAAUUACAAGUUUCCACGGCACAAGACACGAGUCAGCUGACCUCUCUAGCCUCACCAUCCCCAGGUUCGCGCAGCACUUUCGCGACGCCCUCGCUGAAGGCUCCGCGCGGCCUCACGCCUCAGUCUCCUCAUCACCAGUCCAUGGUACGGCUCCCGGGGGCGCAGACUCCUUGCCGUGGGGUGCGUCCGGGGUUUCCCCAGCCGCCGUCCCCGUUCUCGCCGCAGGCGCCGCAGUCGCCCCACGAUUUCCCUCAGUCUCCCGCGUCCUCUCAGCCUUCUCAGGAGCCCCAUUUCCAGCGGCAGUUCGAGGGCAACGUCGGCUCGACUCCCGCGUCUCCCUACUCGUCGCCCCAGACCCCAGGUACACCUCGCGCCUCGGUGUUCAAUCCGCCGCGACCCCCCGUUUACGCUCCCCCGCCACCUUCUCCCGCAACCUCGCGCACUCCCGAUCCUUACAGCCAACCGCCUGCCACUCCCACGUCUGCUUCUCCGGCGUCCGGCUACCCGUCGCCAAGGAGUUCCGAGCCUCGUACGCCUCAGGAGCAAGAGGUGACCUUCGGACAGCAGGGACCGGAGGUUAAUAGACAGCUGAGGGAUCUGCUGCAGAGGCAACAGUUCACCAAGAAAAUCGAGGGAGUUGGUACCGGUAAUUGGAGCCAAGAUGGACAGAAUAAUACAGAGAACAACCAACACUUUGAGGCAAGUCAUGUGCCGCUUCAGCAACAUCCUCAAAUACCGAGCAAUACUAGUGAAGGCACAUUCAGACAUCCGCUUCCGCCAGGCAUCAUCAGGCCCAGAUUGCCCAUUCAGCCGAACGUUUUAAUCAGGAAUUCCAUUGGAAUAAGCCCAAGACAUCCUGUAGCAGCAAAUAUUCAGAGUUCGAUCGACCAUCGUUCGAAAAUGUUGCUGCAAAAUAGGCCCCAAGUACCCACCAAUAUAUCGCAACAGCAUUUUCAAGGAACUCAAAACCUGCAAACGCGAAUGCCAAUCGUGAGAAAUGCCAUUCCCGAGCCCUAUGAUAUUUUACAGCAACAGCAGAGACAAUUUACAGACGCAAAUCAAGCGCAGAAUUUGAAUCAACGGAUUGUGCGGACGACGCCGGACAAUUUGAAUCAAAGUAUUCGCAUGUUGAAUACAGUCCCGGUCCGCGCACCUAUUCCUACAACAAUGAGCGACACCCCAGGAGUAGCGACUACUUCAGAGGCGUCCGAGAUCCCCGAUAACGUCACGGCCGAGCUGGAGAAGCUAGAGCAGGAAGGCGCCGGACCGAUGGUUGAGGUCGAGGGCGUCAGUGCAAUAUUAGGAGAUUUGGCAGACGACGACGACGAACUGCUUGCUGAAAUGGGAGCGGACUUCAACAUCCUGGAAUACGCUGAUCCCGAGUUAGGCACGAUUACGGGCGGGGAAAAGACCAACAUUCUUGAUAUAGAUCUCGAGCAGGUCGAAGUCGAGCCCAAGGACGAGAAGCAGAAGAAGGAGACCAAAGAUGAGGAUCAGAAACCGGAAAUUGCCGCUCCGUCCGCCGAGAUACCCACCGGCGAUUCCUGCGCGACGAGCACCAGUUUGACUUUGACGGAAAAUUCCAACGUGCCGACGAUAACGUCGACGCAGGCGACGUCGCAGGCCAUUCAGGUGAUGCAGCAACAGAUGCAUCAGCACGUGCAACAGGCAGCGGCGAUGGGUCGGCCGAUGCCACCGGGGACGAAAUUAUUGUCCCCUGACGGGGCAGUGGGAGUGGUGACUCUCACGAAUACGGUAAACGUGAGUUAUCCUACGAAUCCAUCAUUUCCCGGACAUCAGCAGAGAAUCUCGCAAACACAAGUCUCACAGCAACAACGAUUGGCAAGCAUGCGAGUGGCAGGAGUACCAAAUAGACUGGCCGUACACAUGGUCGCCCCUCGAAUGUCGCUUGCUCCGUCACAUCCUCCUCCGCCACCUCCGUAUCCGGGACCGCCACCUCCGUAUCCUGGACCAAUACAGAUGGGGCUGUGCCCAGGUGGUGGUGGUAGUGGGCGAGGUAUGAUACGUCCCCCGGUCCAUAUAACGGGGCACCAGGUGCCGGUGACGGGCCCAGCGAUGGGCUCCGUGGUGCCGCACCCUCACCGAAGACCCUUGCUUUUGCAGUCGUGUUCACAGGAACAGCCGUUGUUGUUAGCGGACUUGCUGCAGCAGGAGAGGCAGGAGCUUCAACAGCAGCAGGAAAAGCAGCAGCUUCAACAGCAGCAGCAGCAACAGCAGCAGCAACAAACUGAGAGUGCCGCCGGAGGUAGUCUUCUGAGCGACAGCGACUUCGAGAGGCUCAGAGCUGACGUUCUGGGCGCCACGUCGCCUCCCCAGAAUAUGGUGCCGGUGGCGAGGCCACCUUGCGUGGCGAGACAGGCGUCUUCAGGAUCCGACACCAAUUGGCAGCAGGGUACUGUGGCUGCUGCUGUGACUACUGAUGGGACAGCAAAGUUGACGGCCCAAGUGGGAGCGAGACAGCCAAUCGCUACUCAGACCCCGCCUGAGUCGAGGGUACUUACGUUCAACGUGCAGCAGUUACCAGCACCACCAGUUCCCCCAGAAAAUAUAGUCAAUGAACAAGAUCGACAGAUGCAAUUGCAGUAUGAGCACUGGCUUAGUAGUCAAGAUCAAAUAUUGAAGCAACAGUUACAUUUUUACGAAACAGAAAUCCAAAAACUCCGCAAAAUAAGAAAGUCUCUCAAUAGCAAGCAACGCCAGCUUCGAAAAUCCGGCAACGAGUUGACAGAAGCGGACUCUGCCGAGCUGCAACGGGUCACCAGUGAGCAGGCUAUUUUACAGAAACACUUGGAUCAAGCGCGAAAGCAAGGUCGCCAACACAACAUGACGAUUCAGGAAUAUCAAAGCAAGCAGCAGCAACGGCAGGCUCAUUCCCAAUCGAGCGAACCCUGUUCUCCGCUGAUGUCGCCUUCUCAACAUUCCCCGAUGCAUUCUCCAGCGGCUUUAGUUUCUCAGAGCCCUGGUCCCAAUAUGAUUCAACAUUCACCGGCGACUCCGUCAAUCGUGCAACACAGUCCAGGUACACCGUUGCUUCAGCACAGUCCGGGUAAUUCUCAGUCGACCAAUCUGGGAACAAUGUCACCUCACAACGUUCAGCAACAGUCGCCGAGAAUUGGCACUCCUCACUCUCAAGGCGACGAGAGUCCCUUCAGUCCCGGACCGAUGCCUUCUCCGGGUUUAUGUAAUCCCAACACUACGCGGAUGACAUCGCCACAACACAGAGCCAUCAUCGGCGGAAGAUUAGCAACCUCUCCCGGUGCCUUUACGCCAGAAACGCGAAAUCCGCAACAAAUGAUGGCCGAUCAGAGCAUAGUAUCAAGAGUUCACACUUUGGCGCAGAGAUUCGUCAGGCCGCCUGAGGGAGUGGCGCAGAGAAGGGGUAGCAUUGUUUACAGUCCUCAACCAGGGCAGCAACAGUUGCUGAGUCAGCAGCAUCAGCAAUUAUUGCAGAGGCAGCAAAUUAUUCAGCAGCAACAACAACAUGAAAAUGUUGCUCAGGAUCAGGGACAGGGCGUCAUUGCGCGAGGGACGUUGCAGCGGCAACAGGUUUUCACUCAGCAACAGCAACACGAAAGCAUUUCUCGACAACAAAUUCUUCAGCAGCAGCAACAACAGAGUGAUAUUUCUCAGGAUGGACAGAAUAUCGUUACUCAACGAAACUUGCAGAAUAUAGCUCAACAACAACAGAGGCAGAUUCUUCAACAACAGCAGCAAUCAAAUGAUGUUUCUCAAGAAGGACAUAAUGCUGUUGCUCAAAGGAAUUUACAAAUGGCUCGGCAACAAAUUAUUCAGCAGCAGCAACAACAACAAGAAGGAAUUUCUCAGGAUGGGCAGAACAUUAUUGUUCAAAGAUCGAUGCAAAUAACUCAGCAAAGACAAAUUCUUCAACAAACCGAAAAUGUUGUUCAGGAAGGACAGAAUUCUAUUAGUCAAAGACCACUGCAAAUGGUUCCACAGCCACGACAAGUCCUUCAGCAACAGAGCGAUAUUAUUUCUCAAGAAGGACAGACUGUUGUUACUCAAAGAAAUUUACAUCUGAUGCAGCAACGACAGCAGAUUCUCCAACAACAAAUUGUUCAACAACACGAAGUAAUUCCUCAAGGUAUUUCUCCAGAAGGGCAAAGUUCCAUAGGGCAAAGAACAAUGCAAAUGGCGCAGCAACGACAGCAAAUUUUUCAGCAACAGCAGCAGCAGCAGCAACAACAAGAAGAUACUUCUCAAGAAAUACAAAAUGUUCAAGCUCAAAGAAAUUUGCAAAUAGUGCAACAACGACAAAUUCUUCAACAACAGCAGCACGAAGGGAUUGCACAGACUAUUUCUCAAGACGGACAAAACGUUAUUCAAAGAACAUUACAAAUGACACAGCAACGUCAGCAGAUUCUUCAACAACACGAAAACAUUCCUCAGGAUGGGCAGAGUGUUGUUGCUCAAAGAAAUUUGCAAAUGGCUCAGCAACGACAACAAACCCUUCAACAGCAGCAACAAAUUCUUCAACAACAGCAACAACAAAUUCAGCAGCAACACGAGGAUGUUUCUCAAGACACGCAAAGCACUAUUGCUCAGAGAUCACUGCAAAUGGUUCAGCAACGACAAAUUAUUCAGCAACAACACGAGACUGUUUCUCAGAUUAUUUCUCAAGAGGGACAAAAUUCUAUUGCUCAAAGAUCAUUGCAAUUGGCUCAACAACGACAACAUAUAAUUCAACAACAGCAACGAUUUUUGCAGAUGCAACAGCAACAGCAACAAAAACCGCCUAACUCGCCAAUGAUGUCUCAACCAGCUAGUUCUCCAAGUCCGCAGCUUCAUCAACAACUUCAACAAGGUUAUGGCCAACCUCCGAGCUCACCCAUGGUGCAGCAGGUGACGAUGGGAUCUCCGAUGCUUCAGCAGCAACUGAAUCCGAUUUCGCAGCCUCCCAGUCCGAUGAACAGGAUUUCGCCGAUGCUUCACGGCGGUCAUCAUCAUUCUUCAACAACAAAUCAACCGCCUAGCUCACCUAUGAUGCCUAGAAGUCCUAUGGUAGCCGGAUCUCCCAUGCAAAUGCAACGAAGACAAUCUACAGGAAGCAGUCCGGCUAUGCCAGAUAGACCGCAAAGUGUGGAAAAUCCUGGAACACCAAGAACGCCUCACACACCUCACAAUUUUAUUCAACAAAGUGCUAAUUUACCCACGACUUCGAGCGAUCAAAUGCAAAUUCUUCAAGAUUCAUCGUCUUUAGCAGAAAAUUCUAGAGGUGGAGGAAACUCCAAUAAUUCUUUAAAUCCAAUUCCCUUUCCUAAUUUUGGCAAGUCUGGGUACUUUAAAUUAGGAUUAAGAGGUGGCUCGCCAGGUUAUCAGGAACGAGUUUUUUCAUUGGAAAAUACUGCUAAGAAUAAUAGUAAAGAUCAGAAUAAGUGCGCAAAACCGAAGCCAUUUUUCGGAAGAUUUGGAUACUUUAAGUUGGGUCUAAGAGGUGGUUCGCCGAUGUGGUCGAGCAAAGCGGAGAGCAGCAAAAGCGGCAAGGAGUCGGAAAUGUCUCAGGCGAAGAGGGAUCAACCGGCGGAAGAGAAGCCGAACACUUCUGUGAAUCGGAAAACCGCCAGAAUUGGCUCGUUGGUUUGCGCCGAUUACAACGAUUUCGACGAUGAUUCGCACACUCCGCUGCAGGCCUCGCCGACGACCUUGGAGGUGAAACCGACUGGUCAAAACCCUUCCUUGAUCUCUUCGACCUUGGACACCGAACCUUUGGAAAGUCCUGGCGUGAAAUUGGAGCAGCUUGCAGACACGACGGAUUACGAUGACGAUAAAACCAUAGUGAACACCGAGGUAACCUUGAGCUCCGUGGCGCAACGGGACAGCGACGACAUCACUGUAAUUGAACAGUUCGGCGACUCGGAGCUCGUUAUUUCGGAUGUCAUUUCGGGAAGUCUGGAAGGAGAUAUGCAGGAAGAAUAUAUUCUCUUCGAACCUGAAAUGGUCGAUCUUUCCACCGAUAGCAACGAUUCGCUUUGCCACGCUUUAGUAAACGACGCCGGUCAAGGUCACGAUCUGGUGCAGAUCCUGGAGAUUGAAAAUCCCGAGUCGCAAUCUGCGGAGGAACCGAUUCUGAGCGACGAAGACCUAAUUUCGUCUCAUCUGAGGAACAAGAAGGGUCUCAGACUCGAUAUAGUGAGGACCUUGCAAGCUGGAAAGAAGCUAGUCGCCGUUACCGAGGAUACUCCAGAAUCUCCGGAUCAAGAAGAGCUCCGAGUGAAUCCUUCCCCGGGUUCUUACUUGGACCAGUCUCUCGAUCAAGAGCUCAUGGUGUCCUUGGUAAAUGAAUCUGAGGUGGUUAUCAUCGACCCCACGACCAAAUCUCCUGAAGACAAUCUCUCCAAAGGAUCGGGCGACGAGGACGCUGAGAAGAUUGAUUCCAACCUGCAAACUGACGUUUCCAAGGAUAAUACAGCCAACGAAAGCUCGAAAGACGACCAGAGUAAGUUGAAGCAAAACAAGAGUCCCACUAACUUCAUUUUUUCCGAUAAUAAACCUUUUCAUAACAAAAUUUCGAUCUCAACUGUGCAUCAAACGAGUAUUAGUACGAUCACGAUUUCAACUUCGGCGCACUCUGCGAUCUCUUCAAGUUCGAAUAUGAUUCUGGCUUCUAUCAGUUCCAAUUCUCAACCGAGUCGACUCUCAGUUCGGCCGAUUGCGGCGGAAACGAAAACGAUAGGUCUGUUUGAUCCGAAGGAAACUCCUUCAAGCUCCUUCAGCAGUCAGAAAGACUUCGCGAGCAUCGUGGAGGACGCGAAGAUCGCUGCGAAACUCAGUCAAACCGCGAUGGCCUCCAAACCUCAGCAAGGUAAACUGGAUCUGAAAGUCGGGAUGAUAUCUUCGGGAAAGCCUUUGAUAACUUCCUUGAAUUUACCGAGCGGCAAAACGGAAUCUCUGAGCAAUCCUACGAAAUUAGUCUUGAGUGUGCAGCCGACUUCCGUUACGCUGUUGACCCCGAAGAUGUCGAUUCCGGAUUUGCCGAAGAAGGAGAGUAACGUGAAAAGCAAGGAAAGACAAGUGGAAGAUCAGCGAGCUGAAAUGAAGAAGGAAGAGGAAGAAGUGGACGGUAAGAUGAAGAACGAAAGCAAGUCUUCAGAAUCGAUUGCUGAAGAGAAGAAAACCGACCCGCUGAAUACCACGGACGAGCUCGAGAGCAUGCUGGAAGCUAUUCACAAUCCUGUGGAAAAUGCCGAGAAUAAAAACGAUACCCCGACGACAACCCUAAAAAGGAUGUCGCCCGUCACCGAUGACUUGUCGCUUGUGAACAUCUUGGAAAACGAUUCCGAAUUGGUGGAUAACGAUAAGGAACAGAUGUUAUCGGGUUCCGAGGCGCAAAAGGGUGCCGGCAAACCGAAAGAAGCUGAAAAGAAUGUUGAAGAGGUUAAUAAUGACAAAACUAUUCUUUCCAAUGAGAAGGCCAAUCAGAAAGAAUUAUGCAGGAGUGAAGUGGAAAGUUCGAAACCAUUUCUUCAGCAUUGUCUGAGCGAGGAGAAGACUUUGAUGGAGGAAUCGUCGGAUGAUAUUCUAGAUAUGUUGCACAACAUCAUCUCCUCGAAGCCGGAAAUGGCGAACAGCGGCGAACUAAAGUCAAGUAGUCUUAUCUACCAGAUGCCAACUCCGCUUGACACUUUGCCCUUGAACAUCCUUCAGGACUCGUUGAUCGAAGAAAAUCUGGAGAGUGAUCAACUUACCUCGAGCGAAGCUAAAAGUCAAGCGAAGGACCAGAGUUCCGAAAUGAAGAAGAGUCCUCCAGUGACGAGCGGUCCGGCUUCUUCUUCCACUUUAGUAGUCAGCACUGUAGCGCAAUUGCAGAAGAGUACGACGACGGUUCCCCAUCUGUCGCCACUCUCGAAGCCAACCGAACUGACUUCCAACGUGGCGAACGUGUCCCAUCAGCUGAGGACCUUGCUGUCGUCCUUGCAAAGCAAUACGGUGAACCAACCUGGAAUAAUUGCGAUGGUGUCUUCGGAGAAGCCUGGAAACGUUUCGUCCGCUUCUAGCAUCCUGUCGACUCUAAAUUCGCCCAAUAUUGUCGCCCAAAGCGGAGUCUCGAUCUUGGCGAGGUCGGAUCAAGGUUGCCCGCAGCUCAGUACGCUGAAUAACGUUAUUAAAGACUCAGAAUUGGCCAUGAAAGAGGCGUUAAAGGACUCCAGUGGAAUGGUUACGAAGAUCAGCAACGGCGAGCAGGUCUUCAGGGUAACCUCUUCGGCUACAACUAUCCAGUCCACGACGGUCUCCAAUCUUUCCAGCACCACUUCCGUGGUGAUAACCACCAGAACCACGACUUCGAGCUCCAGCUCGAACGCCAUGUUAACUGCCAUGCUACAGGCCAACACUAUUUCGUUAAACACCUCAGUAGCUGGUCACGGUAGAAAUAACCCGGUGCCAACUCAGUCUGUUAAUCGUUGUAACUCCGUGCUGCCGUCAACCUCGAUACAACGCUCGCAGAGUUUUCAGGCGAUUCUCCAGGUCACUUCAGGAUGUUCCACACCCGCUCGAAUGCAAAUGAACACCAAUUCGGCCGUAACCAGCCCGAUGCAGAUCGGCAUCGUGCCGCCUUUAGCGAUCUCUAGCAGAGUCUCCGGGACCCCUAGCAUCCUUCAAACGACCUUGUCGCAAGCUUCGAACCAUCUUUUGACCCCUAAUCAAAGUCAGUACAAAUCUUCCGAUCUUCUACCCAUUGAUAACAAAAAUACCGAUCCUGAAAAUCAAUCCACGACUUUGGCAAAGGAUCCUGAAGAGUCCAAAGUACAGGAGAAGAGAGAAGCGGAUCCCACCAAGGAUGAUAGCUCGUUGAGAUCGGAGGAUUCCCAAAAUGUAUUAUUGAAACAGCUGUUGCAGAAAACGGUCUCAGGGCCGCAAGGGCCCCUGCCAAUAGUUUCUUCAUUUGCGGAACAACUGGAUCCGCCAUCUGACGGCCGGGUGCUGCCUGAGUUGCAAAACGAGACAUCAAUGUCGAAACCACCCAUGGUAAACAAACAAGUUCUUACGAGGGAAACUUCCUUUCUGUCGCAUUCGGUACCGCACAUGAAGAUCCAAACUUCACCAGUGACCAAGGAAGAACCUCCCAAACCUUCUCCCCCGAUAUCCACCUCGAUUCCGAUAACGUCGCAAAGAAGCCACCCGGAAAGCUUAAAGCAACAAACCACAAAAUUAAUUCCCACUUUGUCGGGAAGCUCCGUAGUGACUUCCUCAGCAAGUCCUUUGGUGAAACAGUCGGUCUCCUCGACGGUACCGACGGGGGCGUCUCCGGACGUUUCCACGAAUCAGCAAGAGACCCUCGGGAAGCCGGGGACCAACGUUGACGAAGAGCCCCCGACGCCGCAACGUGUUCCUGGUCCCGUUCCGAAGGUUAGUUUGCCGAGUCAACCAUUGGUGACCUCCGGGAUGACCCCGAAGACCGUUCAGCCGCCGAUAAGCAAUAGCUCCAGCAAUGUUCCCGGGCCGCAGACCCCGCAACCAGGAGGCCAGCAGGUUCAGAGUCAGAUCCAGGUCUCGCAGAAACCAAUAGUGGCCCAACAAGUUCCUUCCUCGACUCCCUCCGUUCAUCCACAGUCUGUUCAACAAGUGCCUCAACUCAGCCACGGAACUAUCGCGGGGCCACCACCGGCUACCGCCGUCUCGGUUCCUGCUGCAGCUCCGUCGGGUUCCAAGAUAGUGCCUUUGGUCGAGGUGAAGAAGGAGAUGGGCCUCGAGGAGGUUCUAACCGUUGCUGCUGGCACGACUGGCGCGACCAGCCACUUGCAAACCGAUACCAAAGAUUUUCUUACUGCCAAAGAGGAGCUCGUGGACAGCGCGAUAGACGAUAAAACUGACCAGAAGAAGAUGAAGAGAAGGCAAUACCAGCAGAAGCGAAAGCAGAGCCAGGGAAAGGACGCUAUGACGGCGCCCCAGAAGAAACGUUCCCGUAAGGUCUCGCGCCUCGACGAGGAUUACGAGACGUUUAUGGAGAACUUGAUGACGCAGUUACGUCAGCUGCAACCGAUGGUAGUGCUGGAGCCUCAGCUGGGUCGCAAUUACGGGGUGUGUCCGAUCUUGGGAUGCGGGGACCUCGCCAAGAUUGGAAGUCAGAAGGAUUAUAACGCGAGAGUUGGCGACUUGAUCGGAAGUUACGGAUCGGCCAGUUUGGCCGGAAUUUCCGAUCAUUAUAAUACGCAGCCUUUUGGAGAAUUGAAUCCUCUGUCGCCUCAGCAGCCCUUGUCCACGCAGAGAGGAUUUUACGAGCAGGAAUUCCCGCCCUUGAAGCUCGAUGAUUCUGAUGACAAGAAGGAGACUAUGGCGGCAAAUCGCGAUGUAGACUCUCCUGAUACCAUCGUGAGCUCGUCCUCGCCUGAAUGUGUUAUACCAGAAUUUAUGCACCAUUUUCCCGGACUGCGACUGAUCGAGGAAGAAUCCGACGAGGAGGCAGACUGGUUGAAACGCGUGUCACCUGUUAUACCUUUGAUCUCACCAAUUCCGAUCAGGUUGAAACCUACUUACGCGAAAGACGCAACUAAACAACAAGACAAAGAGAACUUUGGAAUACCCAAACUUGGCAGAUCUCCUCCGAUUCCUUUACGAGAAAACGGAAACGUCACCGUCACUUUAACUCUGAACAGCCAGGCCGCCGACGAUAUAAUGGGUGUAUUGAAAGAUCUCGCGAAUAUUUUGAACAUAGCACCGCCUACUGGCUAUCAAAUAGUCGAGCGCACUUCCACACCUCCUAGUCAGAAGUUAGGAUUGUAUAGAACGAAGGGGAAAGACGGCAAAGAAGGUGCUCCAGUCGAUAUACAAAGUAUUCUGAACGGCGCGGCCAAGUUUUGUCGUCAUUGCGACGUCGUGAUUCUCAACAGCCUUAUCCGGAAGAAAGUAUCAGACCUGCCGUUCUUCAGCAAGGAAGAAGCCGAACCCGGCGACGAACUUUGCUUCUGCUCGGCGGCCUGUUAUAUGCAAUUUGCUCUCAUUCAUCGAACACCUUCAAAUACUCAGGAUAAGGCUGCGGCGAUAGUAGAUCAUCUCUGCCAUAAAGCAGAAACAAAAUUGUUGGACGACGACAUGAAGGGUUUGAAAAAGUUUCCUAUCAAGCAGCAACAGCAGCAGCGUGUGGAAAGACACGGUAGCAUGGAAAUUGAUAACGAAUCGACAACUGAGAUUAAGAUAAAAACUGAAAAGUUGGACAACGCGGAAAUUGCGGAGAACGAGGAGAAACGGCCGAAGAAGCACACGAUUACCGACGAAAGUGGCGAAAUCACCGAAUCCCAACCGCCUGCAAAGAUAUAUAAAGGUGUGAGGUAUAAGACCUGGUCCAUGGGAAACAUACAACCCGGUACCAAAUUCAAAAAGCCUACCGAGAGAGAAGUUACCGAGAUGUUGUUUCGCAUGGGAGUUACUGUGGCGCCCGCGAAAACUGAGGACAGUCGUCGGUGCAUAUUCUGCCAGAAUCAGGGCGACGCGACUGCGGAUGGACCGGCCCGAUUGCUCAACUUUGACGUAGACAAAUGGGUGCAUUUAAAUUGCGCGUUAUGGUCUAACGUGGUGUACGAGGUGCAGAGUGGCGCACUUAUGCAUCUGGACGACGUGCUGCAGAAUAAUCUUAUGCAAGCUUGUAUCGUUUGCGAAAAAUCUGCCGGCACAAUCAAGUGCUACAAGCCGAGGUGUACCAAUUGCUACCAUCUGAUGUGCGCCAUCAAAGAUAAUUGCGUUUUCUACAAAGACAAGACCAUGUACUGUCCUCAACACGUUCUGAAAAACGAGAAAGACAAGGAGUUGCUCACGCUGUCCGCUUACCGUCGCGUUUACAUCAAUCGCGACGAAAAUCGUCAAGUCGCCGCGGUGAUGCAUCAUUCCGAGCACAACCAUCUGCUCCGUGUGGGCUCCCUCAUCUUCCUCAGCGUCGGCCAGCUGCUCCCUCACCAACUGCAGAACUUCCACACGCCGAAUUACAUCUACCCCGUGGGCUACAAAAUCGUGCGCUUCUACUGGAGUAUGCACAAACCCAACAAACGCUGCCGCUACGUCUGCUCGAUCCACGACGUUUCCGGCCGUCCGGAAUUUCGCGUCCUCAUUCAGGAACCUCAGCAGGAGGACGUCGAGCUGAGGGACGCCACUCCGCGGGCCGUUUGGAGCCGGAUUUUGGAGCCACUUGCGGAGUUGAGGAGGAGCACCAAUUCCGUUCAACUGUUUCCCAGAUAUGUCUCCGGGGAGGACCUGUUUGGUUUGACGGAGCCGACGGUGGUUAGGGUGUUGGAGAGUCUGCCUGGGAUUGAGACUCUGACUGACUACAGGUUUAAAUACGGCCGUAAUCCAUUGCUGGAGCUCCCACUGGCCAUCAACCCGACCGGGAGCGCGCGAACGGAAGCGCGUCUGCGCAACCAGCUGCCAUGGAAGCGUCCUCACACCCAACGUACCGGGGGUUUCGCGUCGCGCGGGGUCCCGUUCGGCCUGUCGACGUGCAGCGUCGCCGCCGCGAUGGGCGGUGGCGGGGUCUCCUCGACCUUGGUGGCAGCCGCCACCGCGGUCGGCGAGACGGCCUCUUGUCCGUAUUCCAAGCAGUUCGUUCACUCGAAGAGCUCCCAGUAUAAGAAGAUGAAGCAGGAAUGGCGUAACAAUGUUUAUCUAGCGAGAUCGAAGAUCCAGGGUCUGGGAUUGUACGCGGCGAGGGACCUGGAGAAGCACACGAUGGUAAUAGAGUACAUCGGGGAGAUCAUUCGGACGGAGCUAGCGGAGACCAGAGAGAAGCAAUACGAGGCUAGAAAUCGCGGUAUAUAUAUGUUUCGAUUGGACGAGGAACGUGUAGUGGAUGCAACUUUAUGCGGUGGUCUCGCCCGUUACAUCAAUCAUUCAUGCAAUCCUAACUGUGUCGCUGAAAUCGUCGAAGUUGAGCGCGAUCUCAGAAUUAUCAUUUUUGCCAAGCGUCGAAUCUCACGUGGUGAAGAGUUGGCAUAUGAUUAUAAGUUUGAUAUCGAAGAUGAUCAGCAUAAAAUCGCAUGUGCCUGCGGCGCGCCCAAUUGUCGCAAAUGGAUGAACUAAGAAGAAAAAAACUCAGGACCAAAACAAGAUGAAACAAAAAUAUGCGAGGGAAAACUUAGGACUCUUUCUAUCCUGUCUAUUGUUAUUAUUGUUAUCUGCGUUAUACAAAAAAAAUAGGAAGUUAUAUAGAACUAGUUUUCCACAUAGGAAAUAAAGAAGA